AUGGCACCGACGAAGAAACUCCAACACGCGAACGUGCGCCCUAACCUCUCCAAGGCCGAAGCGUCUCAGCUGCUCGCCCCAAACUGGAACUUCGAGGACGGCAGCCUCACGCCCAGAAAGCUCGUCGGCUUGCGAGGCCUCGACCGGCACAUGGCUUGGGACAGCCAGUAUUCGUCCCCGUUCAUAUCCUUCUUCAGCGACUGGAACGUCGCCGUGCGUCGGCGGAAGUGGAUCAUGGCCAACGGCGGCGCGGAGGUUGUCAUCCUGGCGGUCUGGGCCAAGGAUCUUGUUAAGUUGUAUGAUGCGCACAGGAUCGCAUUUGCGCUGGGAUACCGGGCGUUUCCUCGUAAGGGCCCUCGACGGCUGCUGUAUCACCAUCAGCACGAGUACCUUCACUUUGGCCCUUUGCUGGCCGGAGGCUCGCACAUCAUUGCACUGUUCGACGACUGGUCCAUGGCUGGCGCGGCUGGAUUCGACAAGAAGUUCUGGCAUCCUCAUCCUUUUGCCGAUGUUCGAGAGUGGUUGCGCUACCACUCGAUUCUCAGGACGGAUUUGCUGCCCCGCCAGGACUCAAUAGAAGGCGGCCAUGACGAAGGUCGAAGGCGCGUAGUUAUCGCCCUCCCUAGGUACUUCUAA